AUCAUUUCUAAAAAAACAAAACAACAACGAAUAAGUUUGAAUUAUCUGAACCAUUUGACAGAUCUGCAGCAGCAGCCGGCGGAUCCGGAGAGCUCGGCCCCCGUAGAAAACGUCUACGUGGACCGGAAAGCUGUGGAUAAACUCACAGAGGGAUUACUGUCUCACUACCUACCAGAUCUGCAGAACUCUAAACGAGCCCUGCAAGAGCUCACACAAAAUCAGCUAAUACUGUUAGACACUUUGGAUCAAGAAGUCACUAAGUUCAGAGAGUGCAACACCUUACUGGACCUCAAUUCUCUGUUUACAGAAGCAAAACUUUAUCACAAUAAACUGGUGAACGUCAGGAAAGAGAUGAUCACGCUGCACGAAAAAACAACCAAACUAAAGAAAAGAGCUCUGAAGCUGCAGCAGCAAAAGCAGAGAGAGGAGCUGGAGAGGGAGCAGCAACGUGAGAAGGAGCUGGAGAGAGAGAGGCAGCUCAUAGCCAAACCCGCCAAAAGAACGUAG